UGCUCUGGCCGCCUUCUGCUUCGGGAACAGGAGCACCGUCCAAUCCCACAAGAUGGCUUGCUACGACCUGUGCCCGCCAAAAACCAGCGUCGCCGUCCCCCAGCCCAUCGCUGAGAGCUGCAACGAGCUGUGCGCACGGCAGUGCCCCGACUCGACGGCCUUCAUCCAGCCGCCCCCCGUCGUCGUCACCUUCCCCGGCCCCAUCCUCAGCUCCUUCCCCCAGCAAGCCGUGGUGGGCUCCUCCGGGGCACCCGCCUUUGGGGGCUCCUUGGGGCUGGGGGGCCUCUACGGCGCGGGGGCCACCCAGGGCUCGGGGGGCCUCUGCACCUUUGGCAGGCCCUACGCCUCUCCCGCCUGCAGCCCCUACCUCUUGCCGCGCUACAGCAAGAAGCUGUGGGACACCUGUGGGCCCUGCUAAAGCCAGGCCCUGCCCCACAGC